AUGGUCUCGUUCGUUGUCGUUCGAGUAUCCGAUGGUGAACCGAUUAGGAAACUGACGGAAGUGCUGAACGAUCUUGCUUUACCGUAUAACAUCUGCUCUGAGGAUAAUCUGAAAGUGCCGGGUGGACCAUCUUCUUCAUGUGAAAGCGAUGAGCCCAAAUCAGUGAGAGUAAUACAGGCUACCGGAACAGCUGAGGUUGUACCAAGUGGGAACGAGAUCAAUAUAGCGACACUACUUCAGCAUCACUCCAACAGCGACAUGGAUUCAAAAGCUUUCAACGAGUUGUGGAUGCAGCCGGGUGGAUCGCAGUGCAUGAUACAACCGGACGGUUCCUUAUCCGUAAGUCCAUUCCCGUUCUUCGGUUCUUCAAGACCUCGGGUACCUAACAACAUCAAACGUUAUCGUCGACAGAUAUGCAAGAUGUGUGGCUCAUCGAAUUUAGUGCCCUUCUUGCGUUCGAAAAUGGUUCAUGCUGCAACACAUUCGGAUUUUAAGAGGUACAAAUGUCCACAUUGUGACAAACGAGGCGUAUCUGUCGCAACAAUUACAUUGCACAUUAAAUCGCGGCACCCGGGUCAACCACAUAACGAGUACUUUGAUGAAAUUCCAAUGAACGAAGAGGAAUAUGUGAAGUUACUUCUUCUCACUGAAAAAUGUUUUGAUAAUCCAUAUAUGUAA